GCCACUCUAUCCGUGAGCCUGAAUGACUCGCUCGGGAGAGGUUAAGGAGGGAGAGGGAAAGGGCUGGGCUGCGCGCGCCUGCGCAAAAGAUGUUGUGGUGCAUGCUGGGCGUGCGCCCUCCCCCUUUUUCCCGCGGUGACUGUGCAGAUACCGGGCGACGGGGUGCCACUCCUGCCGCCGCCGGCGCUUUCCUGCCGUUCAGCCCCCGCCGCCCGUGAGUCGCUGCCGGGAUGGUCGGGGUGAAGGUGAUCGCUAAUGACGCCGACUUCCAGAGCGAGCUGAGCGCUGCCGGCUCCCGGCUGGCGGUGGCUAAGUUCACCAUGAGAGGAUGUGGCCCUUGUUUAAGGGUAGCUCCUGCGUUCAAUGCUCUGAGCAAUAAAUAUCCCCAAGCGACAUUUUUGGAAGUUGAUGUACAUCAGUGUCAGGGGACAGCUGCCACUAACAAUAUAUCAGCAACUCCAACAUUUCUUUUCUUCCGGAACAAAGUGCGUAUUGAUCAGUAUCAAGGUGCUGAUGCUGUGGGAUUAGAAGAGAAAAUCAAACAGCACCUAGAAAAUGAUCCUGGAAACAAUGAGGAUACCGAUAUUCCAAAAGGAUACAUGGACUUGAUGCCAUUUGUUAAUAAAGCUGGUUGUGAGUGUCUUAAUGAAAGUGAUGAACAUGGAUUUGAUAAUUGUUUACGUAAAGACCCUACUUACCUGGAAUCAGACUGCGAUGAGCAGUUGCUUAUUACAGUAGCUUUUAAUCAACCGGUCAAGCUUUAUUCUAUGAAAUUUCAAGGGCCUGAUAAUGGUCAAGGUCCGAAGUAUAUAAAAAUAUUUAUCAAUCUUCCUCGAUCAAUGGAUUUUGAAGAGGCAGAAAGAAGUGAACCCACUCAGGCCUUGGAACUAACACCAGAUGAUAUUAAGGAAGAUAGCAUAAUUCAGCUUCGCUAUGUAAAAUUUCAGAAUGUUAACAGUGUAACUUUAUUUGUCCAGUCCAAUCAAGGUGAUGAAGAAACAACAAGAAUUGCAUAUUUCACAUUUAUUGGAACACCAGUUCAAGCAACAAACAUGAAUGAUUUUAAGCGGGUGGUAGGAAAGAAAGGAGAAAGCCACUAAGAUGCAACAAAGAUACUGGAAGGCCUUAUCACAGUCAACAUGGGAUUUCACAUAGUCUCCAGCUCAUGGAAAAUUGCUCAACCAUAACCAGAGACUGUCAGUCUGUUCCAUUUUAAUACCAUUACAAAUAAAUCAGUGCAUUUUGUUAAUAUGAGAUUUCACUAAAGUGUUUUCUGUUGUAAUCCUGGAAUAAAAAUUUGUAAAUAAAAUUCA